AUGGUUAAAUCAGCGACAACUGCCGCUUUUAUGGCAGGCAAGAAACGCGCCAAAGCACGCCACUGGCAACACGAGCAUUUUGCUGCCAGAGAUAGGCAUAUCCCACUUGAUAAUCCAGCAUCUCCAGGUACAAAUUUCAUUAAAUCUACGGUUAAUAAAGACAACAGCAAACAAGGAGGAGCCACACAUUCUAUCUGCUUGCCUUCGCUGCCAAAUAAAUUUGAGGUACCACAGGACUAUGUUGAAAACUCUGCAAGAUCAUCGGCGCCUAAAGAUAUAGGUACAAUUACUGAAUUCCAGUCAAACAAGGGCGCGGAAGUUGACAUUAUUCAUAAAGAAAUAGAAGAGGCUGAAACAAUGAUUGAAAAUGUGAACAAAGGGCAAAAUUUGAUCUGUAUUCCCAACAAACGCUGCAUGUCAUUGGCAUCCAAAAUUUCAGGACCGAUGAGUAGAAGCAGGCUUCAUGAUAUCGUCUCCCCCACCUUAUCUGCCGAGUCACUCAUUGGUAUCAAACGACUAGUAGAAGAUGUGCGGAUAGAUAAGAAAUCUAGAGACAGGCAACUGUCGAGAAAUUCAUCUGGAAGAGAAUCCCUUGAAUCCAGUAAUGAAGGAAUAUUCGAAGCGCAGCAUUACCAUCUCAUUUCUUGCUUGGAAGAAGCCACAGUAAGUUGGGCUUCUUCUUAUUACUACCAUAAAAUUCCAGUAAAUUUUAUUCUAAAAAAGGAAUUUAAAAAUCCGAUAUAA